AUGAGGUCAAAGCAACAAGAACAGAAGCAACAACAUGCCAGGUUUUUAGAAAUGUUUAAAAUGUUGCAAAUUAAUAUUCCCUUUGCUGAAGCUUUAGCUAACAUGCCUAAUUAUGCUAAGUUUAUGAAAGAUCUUUUGUGUAGAAAGCAUAAAUUGCAGGAAUUUGAAACAGUGGCUCUCACAGAGGAGUGCAGUGCCAUUAUUCAGAAGAAGUUUCCACCAAAGCUUCGAGAUCCAGGGAGUUUCAACAUCCCGAUUGCAAUAGGCAACAUUAAUGUUGGUCGGGCAUUGCGCGAUCUUGGAGCAAGCAUCAACCUCAUGCCGCUAUCAGUGAUGAAGUCUCUAGGAAUUUCCGAGCUAAAGCCCACUAUGGUGUCUCUCCAACUUGCUGAUAGGUCUCUGAGAAGACCAAACAGAGUAAUUGAAGACGUGCUUGUCAAAGUUGAUAAGUUCAUCUUCCUUGCAGACUUGGUAGUCCUAGACAUGGAAAAAGAAGAAGAUAUGCCCCUUCUCUUGGGCAGGUCGUUCCUUGCCACAGCCAGAGCCAUGAUUGACGUGGAAAAAUGA